UGAGAUUUUUCCGCUUUUCCGCUCAGGGAAGCCUUGCUUUGACCUUGAGAUCACUUAAGUAGGGCUUCGUUACAUGGAGCCUCAGAUAGUACCGUUGUUGAAGCUUACACCAUUAGAUAACCCUCCGAAGUUCUUAAUACCUCUACAGUCUGCUGGAAAGUUUGUUAAGAAAUUAAGGGAGUCCGAGGCCAAUGUUGUGGACUCGCAGGCCAAUCGUUCCGGUUCUGAUGAGGACCAGAGAGCAUUACAAGCUGGUCUGUUAUAUCUGGCUCUUACUGAGCCAGAUCCUAGGCACUCGUUUUGUACGGAUAUUGUAUUGACCUCUCGUGACAACUUAACUUAUGUCCUGUCAGAAAUGACUCGCUUGGUUGCGGAAACGUGGCCAAAAAUGACCCAAAGUGUUCGAUGCAACCUUAUAUCAUUGUUGGGGGAGUUUAUAUCGACGAAGACUGCCAGUGUUGAGGUGUUGAUGCUCCACGUGUAUCGAAGAAUGACAACUGGUGAUAUUUCUCCUCAAAACCUGUGGCUCAUAGACAGCAUGGCGGAUCUUCUGGAAAAAAACAAAGAUUGGCUAGGGAGUUUGGAAAGACAACCGUUUUUGCUUCCCCUAACUGUAUAUACCUUACUCCGGCUUAUCCCAGAUCAUCAUUUAUCUCCUCAACAGGCUUCACUAGUCACUUCAAAUCCUUCUGUCCAUCUGUCCAAGUUACGACAGAAAGAAUUGGUUUUGGUUGAAGAGCUUGUUCGGAAGAAUUUUGACCGUUGCGCCCAAAUUGGCCGUGAUUUCAUUCGUCUCCUACAUGGCGUCGCACGUCUGGAACCUAUGAAGCGUUUGUGGGAUGAUAUACUACAAAAUAUUUCUUCUUUGUCGUCUCAUUUUUCAAGUCCCGCUGAAAUUUUGGAAAUCACCACACCUCAGUGUUUUACACAGACCCUUAUACCACAUGAAAUGGAACAGUGGGUUCGUUGGAUGAUGAAAAAUGUUCAUUGUGUUCCGAGAGUUCCUGUUCAUCGUUAUCAAGACUUUUUCCAAAGGAAAUUCUUUUCAACUCCAGAAAGUCAGAGUCUUCGUGUGUGCCUUUUGCGUUACGUUGUGACUUACUUUUAUCCUGAUAAUGAAAUGUUAGCCUCCACCUUAAUACCACGAUGGAAUGUGGUUUCUUGGAUUCUUUCUCAAUCUACAUGUCCUGUUGCCACUGUUAAUGCUAAAUUGGCUCUGUUUUAUGAUUGGCUCUUUUUCAAACCAAAUGAUUGUAUAAUGAAUUUGGAACCUGCUUUAUUAGCUAUUAUGAAUCAUCUUAAUCCGCGUUCACAGCUGAUCGCAUUUUCACUUGUUGACUUUUUGAUUAAAAUUGUUGGAACCUAUUAUCCCCCAAUGACUGAAAGAAUCGUUAUGGGUGUUCGUUCUGGUCUGGAGGAAAUGAUUCGUUUAGGUGUUGUGAAAAGCAUCGCUCCUCUAUUCGAGUUUUUACACCGUUCGUCUUCUUUGGAUUUGUUGCGAUCACUUCGUGUUUUGUUGGGUCUUGAGCCUAAUACUACCUUGACAAGUAUAGCAGUCCCACCUGUGGAAAACCCUAGUCGUCCGACACCUGAAAAAUGGCCAGGACCAGGUGAUACCCCAGUGGUGAGCACGAACUUGAGCUCUGUUGCGAAUUCCACGGUUGUUUCUCGCAGUCAAACUACUACAUCUUUAACGGUCACUAGGUCUUUAUCACCAGUCACAUUAAUGACAGAUAGUGGACCACCAACAGACCCUCGUCUGACACGGGGUCACGCUGCUAUUCUCGCUGGGGCUGUCCCCCCAAAUCUAAAUUCUACAUUAACUGAAAAUCUUCCUAAACCUGUUUUAACAACAUCAGAAAUAAUUCCAAGUCUUCAGCCAAGCAUACCAAAUACUUUACAGCAAAAUCCAUUACCAUUUACUAUUUCACAGGAUGACUCAAAAACUUCAAUUAUCCCUGCACGUAAUACGUUGCCUACACUACCAUCUCUACCACGUAGUUCCCAACAAUUAACAGAAGUUCAAAUAACCGACGACUUGGAUAUAAUGGAGAUUAAUAUUUUGGAAAAUAAACCAGCACUCACAAGAACUGCCACCUGGAGCCCACCACCAGUAGAAAGUCGGCGUGUAAUCAAGAAAGCAGUUGACCAUGAACCAGAUACUCCAGAUUCACUGGAGUUCAAAAUUGAUAGUCUCCGGCGUCGAUUUCAAGAUUAUCAAAUUAGAUUUCAUUACUUUGUCGAAUCUGUUGACGUAAAUUCCCUGAUUAAACAACUUGAUGGACCUAUACGGACAGCAUUGGAACAGUUUCGUGAUGUAGCUAAACAAGUUGGCCUAAUACGUAAUUCUUCGAUUGGUUUAUGUGCUUCACAAAAUUUGGAUGAUUUGGAUAAUGGCUGCUAUGAUCAGGAACAAAAUUCCUCCGUAUAUCUUCGCUCUGCGUCUGUUCUUAAUGAUUUGUGCGAGUCAAUGGAGGCUCUCAUUCAAGCGGUACUUGUUGAAGACAGCUUCGAUGAUUUAGAGAUCGCUGGUCGGACAGCAGCUGUUGUAUGCGAAUUACUGUUCUGUUUAUUUGCACAACGUUUGAUGCCUGUUGGAGUUGAGUGGUCUGAAGAACAUUUGGAAGAUUGUUUAGAAUUCCCGAUAUUUAUUCCUUUCCGUCAUCUUUUACAAAUGAAUCCAGGCGAUCCCAAACGUGAAUUGCUCUUAUUAUUGUUAACAGAGAUGCAAACUCGACAACCUCGUCUCGGUUAUCAUUUAUUAUUUUUCCUUAAAGUUAGCAAAGUAAAUGAUGAGAAAAUGUCGAUUUAUCGUAAUUUUUGUGCAAGUCAAGAAAAUCCUAACUUACGAGAUUCUUUAUUCAAGGAUAUGCAAUUGCUGUCUGAUGAUAAUCGUCGCCUGUUCGCGUAUUUACUUCCAGACGUAUUCACUGUGUUUUCAUCAGAACUAUCUAAUGACACGGAAUUUCUUCGAUUAAUUGUUGCUACCAUUGAUCCUGGAAUGUGUAAUUCUCUUAUAAGUGAAAUAGUUCGUGGACAUUUAAAUCUCUUUCCGAAUAACGAUUUGACCAAUAUAUUAAAUGCCAGUCUUGAAUGGAAUUCGAUUGAACAGUUAUUCUUUUGGCAGUUGAUUAAUGCUCAUGAAAUUCCAACUAGUCGAUUUCUACCGUUGAUUCAUUCUGUCGAUUCAUUUAAGCAUCCUGAAGCAUGUUCCAAUUUGAUUCUUCUCCUUAAAUUAGAAAAACCUAGCUUUGAAUUAGUUCGUGCUUUACUAUCUCGUCGUAAUUCAAAUGAUUUACUAUCAAUGACUGCACUGCACUUUUGGAGCUGUCCGGAUAAUCAACAUGCUGGACGUUUCUCAAACAUUUUAUGUUCGUUUAUCAAUGCACCUUUAUCUUCAACAAAUGCAGUUGUUGUAUCUUCAGCUACUAAUAAUCAAAAUAUGAAAGACGUCAAGGAUAAACGCCGCAGUUCUUCAAAACAUCAGCUGUCACCAGAGGAUUGUGUGGACCUAUCACUCAUCCUUACCCACUUGGAUUCUCUUCGAAGAAAUUGUAAAAAUAUAUCAUGUAAUUCACUACCUUUUAGUCUUUUCAUAAUUUUAAAAGUUUUUUUCAUAUUCAUGUUUCAUUAAUUAUAUACUUUAUUUCUUGUAUUAAAUUCUUUACUGUUUUAACUUCAGAUAUUCAUCGUUCCACCUUUCCUCUCAAGAGUUCUGGAAAGAUAUCAUUCGAUUAUUACUUAGUAACUAUGAAUGAUCUUACUAUUUAUUGUUUUUGUACUGAUAGCUCGAUUAUACGGAGUUAUUAACGCUUUAAUGAAUAUCUCUGUAAAAUAUAAUAAUAUAUUGAUCAUCCUUACAACUUUGAAAAGAAUGCUUUAAAAUAGUUGAUCGACUAUUAACAAAGGUUUAACCAAUGCUACUGAAUUGUAUCUAUCCGUCUGUUGUAUGUGUUUAUGUCUGUCAAGUGCAAUGCUGUAAUAGAAUGAUGGAGAAGAUUUACAACUCAGGUGGAUACUUUUGAUGGUGUUACGUUCUAUGCGUUAAAUGAACAAAAUACCGUCGAAAACAAUGCUACAAUAUUUCAGUAAUACAAUCUAACAUCGAAUCUUGUUUUUUUCUAUAUCGGAUGAUCAAUCGCAAUUGUCGCAUGAGAACUAACUACUUUUGACCACUGAUAUUUCACAAACCAAUCAAAAUAUGUGAUUUUAUGAAUAAUGUAGGAAAGAUUCAACUUGUUUAUGGUAUCGCUUUGUAACUAAGCAUCAAAUUUUUAUUGAGAUCAUAAGCCGAUCUAAGUUAGACAAUCAUUGAUACACUAAAAGGGACUGCACGUCUAUUUCGUUCUGGUAUGAAACUCCCCAAAAAUACACAUCCACGACCGCACAGCCAGGGAUCGAAAUCGAUAUCUCCGGUCACAUGUGGACGUUUGACCACCAGACCACUGUUCCCCGGAGUCCAGUGAUGGACAAAUUUAACUCCAAUCAGUCCGCAAUAUUGCUCGACUGUCGUUGUCUCCAGUGGAUUUUGAUCAUGUCGAGUAUAAGGUUCUCAGUGGACGAUGGCGGCACACUAUCGCGGAUUGAUCGGAAUUAAAUUCGUUCGUCAUUGGACUCCUAAUUAGUGGUCUGGUGGUUAGACGUCGGCGCGCGAGACCGAAGGUCCUGGGCUUGAUCUCUAGUUGUGUGGUCGUGGAUGUUCACUUCUGCAGAGUUCCAUAUUGGAACGAAACAACCAUCCAGUGCCUCGGGGUUUUCAUCGGUUGUCUAACUACGAUCAAUCAUUAAUGUAAACUAUAAAAAUAUAACAAUCUCCACAGCCCUUAUACUGAUGUAAAAUUUCUUCUGUAUCCAUUUUUCGUAAUUAAUUUAUACUAAGCUAUUGUGUUCCAUUCUCAUCUACAGAUGUUGGAAGUUUUGCUAGAACUCAGAUUUCGAAUAAAUUCACCAAAAAUUUUACAUAUCUGAUAACCAAUUUAAUUGAUCAUUCUUGACUUUGAAAUGAUUUUCUCAGAACUAUUUAAAUGUUGCCUUUUAUUAUUUCAUGCUUUUUAAUUAAUUUCUAUCCUCAAGUAUUACAAGAUGAUGAUAUACAAUCAGCUCUUCAAUCUUUAGUGGUGUCGCCUAAAUUAUCUCCAAAUCUUAAAGAUCGUUUCUCUGACUUAUUGGCAUUAGUUGAAGAUCUUCCACCAACAUCUAGUGAUUGUCAUUCACAAAUAUCAGAUUCUUUGUCACGUUGCAAUUCUUCAGUUCAUAUUAAUGGUGAUGUGUAUAAAAGUGACGUUAGAAAAAAUUCAUCUGAUCGAAUAAAACCUACUAGUCAUGGUGGUAGCAAAGGUGGACAUAGUCUUCGUAAUUUAGAUUCACGUCGAGCAGCUGAAGCAGAAAGGCGGCAAGUCGUUUCAACUUACAGUAGUAAUUCAACUUCUACAAAACGACAUAAUCGAAGCGAUAGUCAGUUGAAUAAUUUUGAUGGUGAUUCUGAUGGUAAUGAAGUUGGUUCUGUGACUAGUGACUCGUCAUCUUGUUCGUCCGAAGAAGAAGAGUCAACAAUCAGCAGAAAAACUAGAAGUGGAGCAAUGCGUUCUGUAGAUAAAUCUACGAAUAAAUUAAAAACAAGUGGAGGUAAACGUGUAAACAGUGAAGUAGCAGUAUCAAAGGAUCGUAAGUCAACAAAUAAACGUUCAACUAGUCGUCAAGAAGUAGAUGAUGAAUCUGUUAAAAGUGAAGAUGAUGAGGAUGAUGAAUAUGAAGAUCGUGUAUUGGAAGUUGUUGUGAUUGAUGAUGAAAGUGGCGAUGAUUCCAAUAGUUCCAGAGCCACUACGUCGCGAGGUAAUAACAAUAGUAAUAAUAAUGAUAAUGAUGAAGUCGAUGACGAUUGCAGAAUACGUCCAUCAAAACGUCGUAAAACAACAAUAAAGCGUUUUAUGUUAGAUGACUAAUUAUAACGUUAGAAAAUUUCUAUUUUGUAUAUAUUUAGACUGAUAUUUUUCAACGUUAUCUUCUAAUUGCUAAUUCAGAACUGAAUGUUCUGUCAAAAUAAUCUUGUACAUAAAAUCUAUUGUUUAAUAAAUUGUACAGUAUUUCAGUACUUUUUUACUUAUGUUUUUGACCUCUUAAUUCUUAUAUCUUUUGAUUCAGUCUUGACUCUUAAUUGUAUUCAAUGAAGAUUCUUGUUUUUGAAUAAAUACAAAUGUUUUUGUGG